AGAAGAGAAUAUACACAUCUUAUCAAACACUUCCCCUUACACUCACCUAACUAAGUAGCUUCACACACCUCUCUUCUUCUUCACUCUCUUCAAACUUCAAAAAACUGCAAACUACUCUCCUUCUCUCUCCACUGAAUGACUCUACUCUACUCUUUCUUCUGUACAUAGAUUCAAUCAAACCCCCCAGAAAUUCAAGAAAAAUGAGGUUACAUCUUCUACUUCUUCAUCAUCAUCUUCUUCAGGUUUUGUUUCUCUUCUACAUCAUCAUCACCAGCCAAAUUACAGCAAAACAAACCCAUUUACCAGAAUUCCAAGCUUUAAUUUCUAUUAAAACAUCUAUCUCAGAUGACCCAGAGAACUCAUUAUCAACCUGGAACAUUUCUACAAAGCACUGUACAUGGACUGGUGUAUCAUGUGAUUCUACUCACCAUAGGGUUAUUUCAUUAGACAUUUCUAAUUAUAAUCUUACUGGGGUUUUGUCACCAGACAUUGGGUUUCUUACAAACCUUGUAAAUCUUACUGUUGCUGGUAACUCAUUUUCUGGUCCAAUACCUAGAGAAAUCUCUCUAAUUUCUGGUCUGAAACAGUUGAAUCUCUCAAACAAUAUCUUCAAUGGAAGUUUUCCUACUGAGCUUUCUAGUUUACAGUUCUUGGAGAUACUAGAUUUGUAUAACAAUAACAUGACUGGGCUAUUACCAGUUGGAGUUUCAGAGAUGAAAAAUCUCAAGCAUCUGCACUUUGGUGGCAACUAUUUUGAAGGUAAAAUCCCACCAGAAUAUGGAAGAUUGAAGUCUCUUGAGUACUUAGCAGUUUCAGGGAACUCACUUAGUGGUGUUAUACCACCAGAGAUUGGAAACUUAACAAAAUUACAGCAGCUGUAUCUUGGUUAUUACAAUAUGUAUGAAGGAGGAAUACCAUCUGCAAUUGGGAAUCUUACUGAUUUGGUUAGAUUGGAUAUGGCUAACUGUGGAUUAUCUGGUAGAAUCCCACCGGAAAUGGCAAAACUACAGAAUCUUGAUACAUUAUUUCUUCAAGUGAAUGGGCUUUCAGGGGGAUUAACACCAGAGUUGGGGCAGCUUAAAAGUUUAAGAUCUAUGGAUCUGUCUAAUAAUGUUCUCUCUGGCGAAAUUCCUCAAACAUUUGCUGAGCUUAAGAAUCUCACUCUACUGAAUCUGUUUAGAAACAAAUUACAUGGUGCUAUCCCAGACUUCAUCGGAGAUUUACCUGAGUUGGAAGUAUUACAGCUAUGGGAGAAUAAUUUCACUGGAAAAGUUCCUCAAACACUUGGAUUGAAUGGGAAACUAGUCUUUCUUGAUCUUUCUUCAAACAAACUCACUGGAAAUCUUCCACCGGAUUUGUGUUCAGGAAAUCGGUUAGAAACUCUCAUCGCUUUAGGGAAUUUCUUCUUCGGUUCGAUUCCGAAGUCUCUUGGGAAAUGCGAAUCGCUGAAUCGGAUACGAAUGGGGGAGAAUUAUCUUAAUGGUUCAAUUCCUGAAGGUCUCUUAGGACUACCAAAGUUAGCUCAAGUUGAGUUGCAAGAUAAUUAUCUUACUGGAAGAUAUCCAGAAAUGUUUUCGAGUUCUGUAAAUCUUGGACAAAUUAGUUUGUCUAAUAAUAAGUUAACUGGGAAUUUGCCAUCUUCAAUUGGGAACUUUAGUGGUGUUCAGAAGUUAUUACUAGAUGGGAACAGAUUUUCUGGUGAAAUUCCUUCUGAUAUUGGGAGAUUGCAGCAGCUUUCAAAGAUGGAUUUCAGUAAUAAUAACUUCUCAGGCUCUAUCACACCGGAAAUCAGUCAAUGUAAGUUGUUAACAUUUGUUGAUCUUAGUAGGAAUCAGCUUUCUGGUGAAAUUCCAGGUGAAAUUACUAGUAUGAAGAUUUUGAAUUACUUGAAUAUAUCUAGGAACCAGUUAAUGGGCAAUAUACCUGUCAGCAUUUCUAAUAUGCAGAGUUUAACUUCAGUUGAUUUUUCGUAUAAUAAUCUUUCGGGUUUAGUUCCUGGUACUGGUCAGUUUAGUUACUUCAAUUCAACAUCAUUCAUGGGUAAUCCUAAUCUCUGUGGUCCAUUUUUGGGCGCUUGCAAAUCCCGGGUUUCAAAUAGUACUGGCCAUGCGAAUUCGAAAGGUCCACUUUCGGCUACCAUGAAGUUGUUUCUUGUGUUGGGGUUGCUUCUUUGUUCAAUUGUAUUUGCUGUUGCUGCUAUCAUCAAAGCCAGGUCUUUGAAGAAAGCAAGUAAGUCUCGCUCAUGGAAAUUUACAGCAUUUCAAAGGCUGGAAUUCACUUGCGAUGAUAUAUUAGAUGCUUUGAAAGAAGAUAAUAUAAUUGGAAAAGGAGGUGCUGGAAUUGUGUAUAAAGGAGGAAUGCCUAAUGGUGAUCAAGUUGCUGUCAAAAGACUUUCUGUAAUGAGUAGGUCAGGGUCUUCUCAUGAUCAUGGGUUUAAUGCGGAGAUUCAGACUUUGGGCAGAAUCAGACAUCGUCACAUCGUGAGGUUAUUAGGAUUUUGUUCGAACCAUGAAACAAAUCUGUUGGUUUAUGAGUACAUGCCUAAUGGAAGUUUAGGUGAAGUUCUUCAUGGCAAAAAAGGAGGUCACUUGCAUUGGGAUACUAGGUAUAAAAUUGCAGUUGAAGCUGCAAAAGGGUUGUGUUAUCUGCAUCAUGACUGCUCUCCUUCAAUUCUUCACCGGGAUGUGAAGUCGAACAAUAUUCUUCUGGAUUCCAACUUUGAAGCCCAUGUUGCUGAUUUUGGACUUGCAAAAUUUCUUCAAGAUUCUGGUACUUCUGAAUGCAUGUCUGCUAUUGCCGGCUCUUAUGGGUACAUUGCACCAGAAUAUGCCUACACAUUAAAAGUUGAUGAGAAGAGUGAUGUAUACAGUUUCGGAGUAGUUUUAUUAGAACUAGUGAGUGGCAGAAAACCAGUUGGUGAAUUUGGAGACGGAGUCGAUAUUGUUCAAUGGGUUAGGAAAAUGACAGAUUCAAAAACCGAAGGAGUUUUAAAGAUUCUUGAUCCAAGACUGCCUUCAGUUCCCUUAAAUGAAGUAAUGCAUGUGUUCUAUGUUGCAAUGCUUUGUGUGGAAGAACAAAGUAUCGAGCGUCCAACAAUGAGAGAAGUUGUUCAAAUUCUAACCGAGUUGCCCAAACCAACAACAGCAACAACUCCAAAUUCAUCAACACUCUCUGAAGGACCAUCAACCGUUACCGAAUCCUCACCACCAUUGUCUCCUGGAAAUAAUAUCUGCGAAGAAAUUGCUGGUGUUAAGAAAAGUACUAAAGAUCAGUCAUCAUCCUCUUCGUCACCACCAACCGAUCUUCUUAGCAUCUAAUUGAUGAGAUCCAAAAUAUGGAUCGUUUUUUGUAAAAGAAAUCCUAAUGAUAACUCUUGGGGUUCUUUUCAGUUUUCAUCUUCUGUUAUUAUGAGUUUUUACUGUAGGUUGGCUUUCUUUGUCUUUUUGGGAGUUUCUUUAGAGAUAGAGGGUUGUGUAUUGGUUAGUUUUCUUGUAAAUCAAUUGCUGGGGUUGGGUGUUCAAUUUCUAUAUAUAAGCUUUUUCAGUUGAUCACUUG